AUGGAAGUCUUCAAAGAUACAAGCAUAUUUUUGGGGAAAUUCAUCUAUUAUUUUCUAGAGUCUCUAAUCUUCCAUAUUAUUCCAAGACCUAAAAAGAAAGUUGCUGGUGAAAUUGUGCUAAUAACAGGAGCUGGAAGUGGCCUGGGAAGGUUACUGACUUUAGAAUUUGUCCGUCAGGGAGCAAUUGUAGUUCUCUGGGACAUUAAUCAAGAAGGUCUCUCUGAAACAUGUAGGCUGGCCAGGGAACACAGCCCAAAUGGAGUGCAUGCCUACACAUGUGACUGCAGCAAAAGACUCGAAAUCUACAGAGUUGCAGAGCAGGUCAAAAAAGAAGUUGGUGAUGUUACCAUUCUCAUCAACAAUGCUGGAAUUGUAACAGGAAAAUCAUUCCUUGAGACUUCAGAUGAGCAUAUUGAAAAAUCUUUUCUUGUAAACGCCUUUGCUCAUAUCUGGAAGGCAUACUCCCUUAAACUUCAGUUUUUCCUUCAUGCUGCCCUCAGCUUUAGUUCAGUUUUCUGCAAGUUUCAGUUCUUACAAGGUGAUAUGAUGGCUUAUGAUUAUUGUGCAAGUAAAUUCGCAUCAUUUGGAUUUGCAGAGUCCAUGUAUUUUGAAUUGAGGGAAUUAAAGAAACAUGGAAUUAAAACCACGAUUGUCUGCCCAUAUUUCAUCAAAACUGGAAUGUUCAGUGGUUGUACAACCAAGUAUCCUCUCUUGGUCCAAAUAAUGAUUCCAACAGGGGUCACCAACCAUUAUUAUAAUAGCUCCCAUGGGAAAUCUGUCUUCUGCAUUAUUUUCAUAUACAUUAUUUCCUCAACCCAAAUCCUCUGUUUUUCAUCUAUGGUGCAGAAGAAGGAAGUAGUGAGCCUUAGGCCUGCCAGUGCCACCCAGUGGCUUUCAAGGGCACUGCGGGACCCCACAGGUGACAACGCAGAGCAGAGGAAUUCCUCCAUCCUCCUCGGAAUUCGAUAA